AACGCUCUCGUUUAGUGUAUAUUGAACCUAUUAGGCCCCCGUAGUGUUUCCAUCAUCAUUGCUUGGAUGGUGGAUGUGCUGAUGACAUAUGUGUAAUGACACGUCGUAGCUCAUAGCUUAUCCGUUUUUAAUUGAUAGCCACGGUGCCACAAAAGAGCUUUCUCAGUCAGGCUGGGCACUUGUGUGACAUCAUACAUCAGGGAAGGCAGCCUUCAUUGGCCCCACCCCCUCCUGCGUGAGUGACGCCCCCUGGGCCCAAUAGGAGCCUGCGGGCCGGGGACAGCCAGCCGGCAGCAUGUCGGAAGCCAUUCUCACCUUCCAAGCCCAGCUCUCGGGCGUCAUGGAGACGGUGCUGAAGACGGCCGUGUUCGAGAUCACCUGGCUGGUGGAGAGCAGCUUCCAGCAGGAAGUGGCGCGCGGGCGGCGCGAGGCGGAGGCGCUGCGGCAGAGACUGCAGGCGGCAGAGCGCCGCUGGAGAGCGGCCGAGGGGAGGGCCACCGAGGGGAGGGUCACCUGUGAGAAGUGCGGCCGGGUUUCUGCCGGGGGGUCAGAGCAUCGAGCCGGGGCCCCACCAGACGGUGCAGAGAAGGGUUGUGGCGUGAAGGAGGAAGAGGAAGUGGGCAGAACCCUGAGCAGCUGUGUGAUGGACACACCCGAUGAAGCCGCGCGCACUUUCUCCAGACCGCCAGAGACGCCCACCUGUUUGGACAGGGACAGGUUGGACCCAGCACGCAAGGAGGAAGGGGGCCCUCGUCUUCAGGAAGGUCUGAAGGUCACUGUGGAGUCCAGCGGCCAUGUUUACUAUGAGGACAUGGUUUCCAAAGACUCGGCCGAGCUUUUGGAGGAACAGGGGUGCAAGGGGGACUCGGAGGGGUGCACGGAGGAGCCUAAACUCACCGGCCUCGCCCCGGAGUACACCGCGUACGAUCGGGCCGCCGUCAUUGGGCGAGGGGAGAGCGGCGGAGACCUGCGUGGGCGUGGCCUGUCGCCGACGGCAACCGGCGGAGAGGAGAUACAGAUAGAGAACGUGAUCAGCCUGUCCCGCCCCCAGCUCUGCUUGGCCAAUCACGUGAGGAGGAAGCUCUCGCGGAAGGCGAGGGACGUGGUGGCGAAGCCGCCGCCGCCGCAGCAGCAGCAGCUGGAGCUGCCGCCGGCGUGUCAGAGCGCCAGCGCGGCUCGCUCGGGCGCCUCUGGGCCGCACGCCGCCGCCCUCAGCUUCCCCGCGCCCAGAGACCUGAGGCCCCUGCCGGGCGUCGCCGCGGGAGACAAGCAGAUCAGCUGCGUGUACUGCGGCAAGAGCUUCAGCUACGUGAGCCGGCUGAAGAUCCACCUGCUGAAGCACACGGGGGAGAAGCCCUUCAGCUGCUCGCAGUGCGGCAAGCGCUUCACCAUCGCCCGCAACCUGGAGCGGCACCAGCACAUCCACUGGGGCGACGCCGCCUUCUGCUGCUCCCACUGCGGCAAGCGCUUCAAGCGGGCCGACCACCUGAAGGUGCACCAGCGCGUGCACACGGGCGAGCGGCCCUACUCCUGCCCGCAGUGCAGCAAGCGCUUCCGCUUCUCCGGGGACCUGAACACGCACAAGCGGGUGCACACGGGGGAGAAGCCGUACUGCUGCACGCUCUGCGGAAACCGCUUCGGCCAGCUGCGGCAGCUCAAAGCGCACCAGCGCAGCCACAAGGGCCUGGGCAGGUUCGACCCGCUGAUCAAGUGACCGCGCCGCCCUGCUGGCUGGAAUGAUCAGGGUCACUUAAGGCCGAGGGCGUGGAGACCCGUUUUUCUUUCAGACUUCACACAGAAUCACAUGGUUUCAGUGUGCCACCCAUAACGAUGUGUGCGUGUGUGUGUGUGUGUGCGCAUGCGUGCAUGCGAGCGUGCACGUGUGUGUGUCUCGUACACCCCACCACAGUUCACUGUUCACAUUCACACUGCUGCACUAGGAUACAGGCGAUUGUGAGCAUCAGUGUCUUUAGGGUUUUCCAGCUGUACUGGUGACAUGACUGUGUGCCCAAGAACAGAAAAUACACAAAUACAAGAUAAUGUGAAAUGUAUGAAUGUUCAUGCCUCUGGACUUCAGGAAAUAGGGGAUUGUGGACCAGGAUAUGUCCGUUUAGCUGUUCUUGUAUUAUUACAGUUCCCUGUAAAUAUCAGCUUGCGGUUUUUUGCAGUGUCACGUUUACCAUGUGCCAGACCGUGGGACAGUGUUAUAAUGCUGCUUGGAUUCAGAUCAUUACUGGGCCUCUAAAAUUCAGCACCCCAGGGGCUCCCUAAAUGUGAGUCGGGACCCACCGUUGGCCGGGGAACGGGUCAGGGGGUACACAUUGGGAACACUCAGGCCUUCAUUUUGCAUACAAAUUCAAACUGAGCACUGCACUGGUUACCACAUCUGUAUGCACUAGUUACUAUUUGUAGGCAAUAGUUUCUGUUUAUACACGGUGGUUGCUGUUUGUAUGCAGUAGUGCUACAUGCACUAGUUGCACUGUACUUACAUUAAGUUGCUGUGACACACUGAAUGACACAUUUAUAUAUUACAUUGAAUUACAUUCAUCAAAGGCUAUACUAUGCAGGAUUUUUUUUUUUUUUAAUUGCUGUGGUCCUGUGUUUACAGUCAAAGAAGUCAGGGGACAGGGGGGCAGCUUCAAACCCGCCCGCUGAGCCCGAGUCCCUGGCUUUGACCAGCUUCCUAACAUGGAUAGCAGGAUAGCUAGAGAACAGAAACCCGCGUCGCCUUUCAUCCUGUUGGCGAAAUUCAGCUGACCCCACCGAGGAAAAACAAUUCUAAGGUUAACUGUAGUUCUUGAACGAGCCCUGUUGGCUUCUUCUUUUAGCAUUGCUGUAUGUGCAUAAAACACAGGGAUAGCCAGUGCAUCACAGAUAUGCUUUAGCAUGGUUCAUUUAUAAUAUUUUCAGGGUAAAAAAUCCUGCAUAGUGUGCCUUCAAGCAGAGUGACUUGCAUGUAAGAGGGUACAUAUGAUACAUAUAGGAGGGGUGUAUAUGUAUGCAAUGUGUAUAGGCGGGGUGUAAGGUCAGACACACUAAUGAGGGGUUGAGUCACAGAGAAUGCUUUUGGCUGCUUUUGUGCAGGAAGUGGGUCAUGGACUCGGGCAGCUUGGGAAUCACUGAAGGACGUGUCUUCACAGGAUUCAGCUGCACCAACGUCCAACCUGCAGGCAGCACCAGCCGGCCUAUGGCCUUAACCACAGAUUCUGUAGACGCACCAGAUACUCAGCCGCGUUUCCACCCAAAGUACCCGGAACUUUUAGUCCCAGGAACUACCUUUCAAGGAACUGAAAGGUUCCUUCAGCCCAUUGUCUGCGUUUCCACCGCGGUCUAAAGACCCGCGAAGAUUAGGCUAAUUAGUCCGCUGACGUAGGAAAAGGCGACGGCUGUUUUACACAUCAUUUUUGCCGCACGACUAUGCAACAACGAUGACGCCGUAUAAAAUCGACGGACAGGCAUCAUUAUUUGUGCGACACUGCAACAACAGUAAGCAUGGAGGAGAUUCACAUCGUGCUGCUGUUGAUCGUGAUUUACUGCUUUGCAAAUGGGGUCAUUGAGUCAACGCUGGAAAAGAGACGAGCAGUAGUAGCAAAGCGGAGUCAGAGAAUGCAGAGGCAGCAUAGGAGCUGAGUAUCUGGUUAGUCUGAAGUAUCUGUGCUUUAACUCAGAUACAACUUCUGAGAAGGGACAAAGUGUCUUUUAUUGUGUUGUCAUUGAGACAGCACCUUUAAUAGUCGCAUAGUCACGCAUGGCUUUAAAUGUUUUACAAAGAGUAGUGUCAUUUGUGGUUUUAAAAAAAAACCUGUUUAAAAACGA